AGUCUAUUGGUGAUACAAUUUGGGUGUGACAUUAAACAGACUAUCAAGGCAUUGGUACAUCAGGCAUCUUUCGUCUUACUUCUCUAUUUCUUUCCAUUCUUUUCGGAGAGACCAGGCAUCUGCUAGAGGUUGGCUAGACAUUUGCUCAAAAAUAUGGCCGCAAUGAACCCCAACGUGCCUAUGAGCAAUGCUCGUCCGCAACAGCAUCAUCAACGAUCAAGAUCCAACGUCCUGGUGCCCUUCAUGCACCGACGCAAAGAGUCGGACGGCUCAUCUUUAACCCCUGCCCAGUCGAGACCUCUUUCCAUCGCCAUCCCGCAGUCUUCGCUGCAACACGAUAUGGCCUUUCCCAGCUUCUCACCUCCAGCCGCCUUAGGUGAGAUUCAGAACCACGCUGAAGCUGCCCCUCGAUCACCAAGCAAGUUGGAUGAUAGAACAGCCGCCCCUCGGUCACCGACAAAGCAUGGAUUCAUUGCUGCCUCCUUCAAGUCGAUUGCUGCCAAAGAUAAGGCAGCCAAAGCGGCUAAAAACAAGGACGAUUCGGCGUUGCUUGGUAUGCCCAAGAAGAACAAAUCUGCCACGAAUUUGGUAGCUCUUCUAAAGCGUCCAAAGAGCCAAAAGAACUUGCAAAAUUUAGCGAACGAGGAGGAGCUGUAUACAAGAAAGGACAAGGAGAACCAAACACCGCCUGCCUCACUAACGCCACAGGAGAUUUCGCGGCCACCCAUCUAUGCCCAAUUCUCCAGUGGCGCAUUGGAACGACAGAAUGCUUUGACUGAAAGCAAUGACAUUUUCAGCAACGCUUCAUCUAGUGACAGAUCGAGCAAUACGCAAGCCAAGGAACGGCCAAAGUCAUACCAUGCCCAGCACAUAGCAAAUCGGGAGGUACAACGAUCUGUGGCUACAAACGGGGACUCCGGCAAUUCGAAGACUUCGUCUCCGUCGAAAAUUCAACGAGGGCUAAAAAUCUUCACGAAUGGAGCAGGGGCUAAGAACAAGUCGCCGCCUGCAGAGUCUUCAGAGUUCGUUGUUGAUCCAAAGGAUAUCGAUAAGCACCUUGAAGCUAUGUUAGACCGACGUAAUAUUCCUGAGAACCAGAGGUACAAGAUGCGAAACCUAACGGAUACCAUCAAGAUGGAAUUUAUCAGGCAAGACUGGGCUGAGAGCAAGGGGAUCAACGCUACUCGGCCAGACAGUCAUGAUAGCGAUAGGAGCUUGACAGGACCACCCGACGCAGGAAAGAGAUCGAGGGGACGAAGUUUCACCUUGUCACGAGGCGGUGGGAAGAAAUCAGAGUCUCGCUCGCCCACGAAGAAAUCCAAAGGGGAGGGCACCCUCGGACGACAUUUUCGCUCGCGGUCGACAGAGAGCUUGGCUAGCGAGCGGCCUUCUUCAGCUGGCUCAAGCUCCGGCGGUGGCAUUUUAUCCAAGAUGAAGUUACAGCAAGGACCCAUUGAUUAUGUCAAUUAUCUGCGCAAGGUCCAGGAACCUGAGUUGGUCGAGGUGGGAAAGCUGCACAAACUCAGGCUAUUGCUACGAAACGAGACAGUCGCCUGGACGGAGGAGUUCAUCCGCCAAGGUGGCAUGGAAGAGAUUGUUGGACUCCUUCACCGAAUCAUGGAUGUCGAGUGGCGUGAGGAGCACGAGGAUGCCCUCCUCCAUGAGAAUCUCCUAUGUCUCAAAGCUCUAUGCACAACAGCCCUAGCACUUCAGUAUCUACACUCGAUACAGGCAACCCUCUUCCCAGCUCUUUUGCAUAUGCUGUUUGAUCCGGAGAAGAAGGGACCCAACGAAUUCACAACUCGCAAUAUUAUCACUUCAGUACUUUUCACGUACAUUCAGUCGGCCUCGCCGCAAGACCGACCCAUUAGAGCCAAGACCAUUUUGGGUCACCUCCGGGAUCCUGAACCAAAGGAGGAGAAUCGCCCCCUCGGCUUUGUACUCGAGAUGCGGCGAGAACGCCCAUAUCGCGUGUGGUGCCGGGAAGCCACCAGUGUCACCAAGGAAGUCUUCUGGAUCUUCUUGCACCACCUCAAUGUCGUCUUUCUACCACGGGACAAGGAGGGCCGGGGACCCUCUGGCAUGGACGGCAUGACCUACAUGCGGACACAUUUUCCUCAAGAGCGACCACCAGUAGCAGCCGCUCCUUAUGUUGGAGGUGUGGAAUGGGACGCCACCAACUAUCUAGCCUCACAUCUCGACCUUCUAAACGCCGUUCUCGCAUGUACACCCACCGCCGAAGAGCGGAAUUCAUUACGCGGCCUCCUACGCAUCUCGGGCUGGGAGCGCUGCAUGGGUGCGAGUUUGAGACUCUGCAAGGAGAAGUUUUAUCCUGGUGUUCACGAUGGGCUACGAACCUGGGUUGCCGCGGCUGCCGAGGAUGGCUGGGAGGUGCGUGAUGUACGUUACGGCCCACCAGCUGAGCCCAAAAGUCCCACGAAGACCAAGGCCAAGAAGGACGACCAACCGGCGCCCAAGAUCGAGAUGCCUAGGCUUAGCUUCGGGUUUGGUGAUCCUGCCAGUCCCGUCAUCAAAACAAGUGAGAAUUGGCUCUCCUAAGCAGUAGUGCUCUUGACGCCACUGGGCCCAGGUCAGGGAGGACGCAAGAAUCGUAAAAAAAUUAAAAAAAAAAAUAAAAAACCUGCCGUGUUCGGCUUCGUGGGAAGCACUUCCCCCUCAGCGUCAUUGCUAAGUGUAAGGCAUAAAUGAAGACGACAAUAACUAUUCUCUCUUUUUAGUGUAUUUUGUUCCAUUGCUAUGUUCAUUGGUUGGGGCGUCAUUGGUCUGGAUUUUCAUUUACGGGAUUAUGACUCC